GAGAUAACUUCACCAGCCUCUGAACCCAUAGCACAAGUCUGCUGAGGCCAACCGUAGGUGAUCGAUUAUUCUCGGUCCUCCCUCUGGCCACCCAGGUGGUGUGGCCCAGACCGUUACAGAGGAACCUCUGAGGGAAGCAGAAGCCAGAACACAGCUCACCCACUACUGAGAGUAAACCGGGUGGAUACUUCAGCCGCCACCCUGGAGGCCCUAGCAUCCAGUGCUCUUCAGCCACCCCCGGGGGGAGAGAUGCAGAGAGACACACGGCUGGUGUCACCAUCUGCAGCCCCAAGUGCUUCGGUGGCUGUAGACCAGGCUGCCAGCACAUCAGGGGGCCCAAGCAAGGGUGAGAUUGGGCCUCGCACCAGCUCCCAAACCCUGCGGAAGCCCAGCAUAUCGAAGGUGAUUCUGAGGGCUGUGACUGACAAGGGAGCUCACAGCCGUGCGUCCCUUGCUGCCUUGAAGAAAGCUGUGACCACCACAGGCUACAACAUGACCACCAACAACUGGCGCUUCAAGCGCGCACUCCAGAACCUACUGAAGAAAGGUGUGCUCAAGCAGGUGACUGGCAAGGGGGCCUCGGGUUCUUUCCGCCUGGGCAAGAAGCAGGCCUUCAAGUCCAAGCGCAAAGCCAAGAGACGCCGGCGCCAGCGGAGGGUGCGGAGACAGGAGCCUGGGCAGCGCCGGUCUGGACCAUGCCAGCCACUACUAGGCCCCAGAAAGAGCCAUAAACGGCUUUUGAAGGGAGUUCAUAGGAUGGUCAAAGGCCACCACCACUAAUAAGGCUGGUUGGGCGGGGCGCCAGGUUUGCUACAAGCUCGUGAAGUGGGAGUAAACGCCGAACUUAUUUCA